UUUGCCUCUUUCUUUCUUUACCUCUCUUCUUUCUCCUCCCCCUUCCUCUCCACUUCGCCAUCCCUCUCUCACUCAUCGACCUCUUUCUUUUGCCUGCAUUCAACCUGCGCCGGAAAGCUAUCCUUUCUUUCCACUCUCUUUCCCACUCCCCUUCCCUUUUCGCUGUCUCCUCUCUUUCACUCUCUUGCCCAAGCAGCCUCGACUAGUCUAUCCUAGCCAUGUCGCAGCAUCCUCCAAGCUUCGGAAGUGUGGCCGAAGAACUCGAGUACUACAAGAACUAUUCCAAACAGGUCGAAGACGACUUGCAGGAGACCAGGGACGCUCUAGAAGAAUUUCAACUGUCGUCCAAGGAACUGGAAGAAGAGCUCGAGAAGGAAGUUGAUUCCACAGAGCGACGAUACAAUGAAAUCCGGAUCCGGAACGAUUCUAUGAGGCAGGAAAUCGAGGAAUGGAAGGAAAAGUACCAUCAGGCGCUCAAAGAGUCAAACGCCAAUAUUAACCAGCUCACCCGUCAACUGGAUACGCUGAAGCAGCAGACGGAGAUGUUUAUCAAAAAGGAGCGGGCGCUGGAGCAGGACAAUGACGACCUUGAGAGAACAGAGAGGGCAACCAAGUGGUCAUUGCAGGAAUUGGAGAUCAAAUACAAUGCUGCAGUGGAAAAGAACGCCAUCCUGGAAAGCGACGUUUCUGCAAAGGCCGUGCUCACGGAGGAAGUCCAGCGCUUGAAGGAUGAGUUGCGAGAUGCCAAUGUGGAACUGGCUGUGAUGAAGGCGAACCAAGCAGCAACAGCUUCCGCCGCCGCCAACAGCGCAUCGUCUGCUAAGCUCAAUUCGUACAGCGGAAGCAACGCCUCUUUACCCGAUGCAGCACCACACAGAUCGCCCAUUGGAAGCAAUUACGAGGCGAUGCCGUCUUUGAGAGCGCGUUUGGCCAAGAACAGCGCGCUGCAGCGAUCGUCCUCACGACUUGCAACAGCAGGAACACCUCUGGCGACCGCUGGAGGCGCUACACUCAACCACAACCCAGUCAAAGCCGUCCAGGAUAUGGUCGGACGCGUCAAGUCCUUGGAGGCGCGUCUGGCAUCAUGCCGUUCACUGGUAACGCCACUGCUACAGCCCCCGCCCUCGUACUCGACCUCGAUCCCCAAUGGUGGACGGUCUUCUUCAUUUUCGGGAAGCAGCACCAGUUCGACCUACUCUUCACCAUCCUCACGAUCAGGAUCACCGAGUGCGUAUUCGCCAUCGUCUUUGGUGACGAGUCCCAAGGUCAGUCGGAGGACAUCCUUGCUUUUGCAGCAGCAUCUGCAGCAGCAUCGAGAGCAGCGUGAGAGGCGGCUGCAGGAACAGCAACAAGCGUUGUCGGGAGCGGGAGUUGUCUCUACUUGAGGGCCUUUUAUGUUUUUAUGAAAGUUAUGAUCUCUUUCUUUUUUCUUUUUUUUUUUUUUGUUGACCCC